AUGCCCCCGCCGCCGCGCCGCUCCGCCAGGCACAUCUCCUCCAGCGCCGCCGCCGAUCCCGCCCCGGUGCCGGCCGCCGUCUCCGACGCCGCCUCCCGCGCGGCAGCCGCCGUGCUCCGCGCCCCGCGCUCCGAGGCCCGCCUCCUGUCUCUCGUCCCGCGCGCGCUGCUCCUCGACCCGACCUGCAUCCGCCUCACCCUCUCCCGCCUCCUCCCCUCCCAGGACCCCUCCCUCCGCUUCCUCCACUUCCUCUCCUCCCACCUCACCGCCCCGGCCGAAACCCCCGCCCCACCGCCUCCGCUCCCCGGCGUCGACGCCUUCCUCCUCCGCCUCCCGCCGCACCUCGCCGCCGACGCCGCCGCGCUGCUCGCGACCCACCUCGGCCUGCACCCCUCCAUCCACGCGCUCAACGCGGCGUCCCGCGCCGCCCUCCGCGCCGCGCGCCCCGACCUCGUCUUCCGCCUCUUCUCCACCUUCUCCUCCUCCCCCGCCUCCCCAGGCAACGCCGCCACCCUCACAUGCCUCGUGCGCGCCUGCGCCGCCGACGGCCGCCCGCUCGACGGCCUCCGCCUCCUCCGCGACGCCGCGCGACGCGGCACCCCUCCCUCCCCAGCCGCCGCCGCCGACCUCGUCGCGGCCUUCGCAGCCUCGGGCAACUUCGCCAAGGUGUCCGAGACGCUCCACCUCAUGAUCUCCGCGGGGCGUCCUCCAGGUACGGCCGUCUACCAGCGCGUCAUACACGGCCUCUUUGCGCGCCGCAUGGGCGACGAGGCCCUCCGCGUCUUCAACGAGAUCAAGCUGCGCGGCUACACCAUGGAUGUGGUCACAUACAACGUGGCGAUCCACGGUCUAUGCAAAAUGGGCCGCAUCGCUGAUGCGCGGCAGAUGCGGGACGAGAUGGUGCGCAGAGGUACCCAGCCCAACGAGUAUACCUACUGCUCUUUCCUUCAUUACUACUGUGAAGCAGGUGAUUUCGGGAUGGCUUACAAGGUGUACGAUGAAAUGCUUGGGAAGGGGUUCAAGGAGAGUACAGUCAGCUGCAACAUCAUCGUCAAAGGGUUUUGUGUCAAUGGUAUGGUCGAAGAAGCGGCUAGGGUGUUUGAGGGAAUGGUUGCAAAAGGGAUUCAGCACAAUGUCAUCUCGUAUAACACGUUGAUUCAGGGCCUCUGCAAGGCUGGGAGGUUGGCUGAGGCGAUACAGAUGUAUCAGCGGCUACUAUCAUCUGGUUUGGAGCCAAAUGUGCGGACUUUCACGCCACUUAUUGACAGCAUGUGCGAGGAAGGGCAGGUUGAUGAUGCUGUCGAAUUGCUUAGGUCCAUGCAGACUAUGGGCUUGGAACCAUUGGUGCGUAGCAAUGAUAGCGUCAUAAAUGCCUUCUGUAAGGCCAGGAGGGCUGAUGAUGGCAUGGCAUGGCUGGCUGGCAUGCUGAACGGCAAUCUGAAACCUCGAGAACACACGUUCAAUUCUUUGCUAGAGUUGCUGACCAAUUCUGAGCGGAUGGAUGAUGCACUGCUGGUUCUUAGUACAAUGUUUAAAACCGGAUAUGGAUUAGGCAGUUUGGCUUGUACUAUACUUGUUGAUAAGCUAUGCACAGGCAGUGUAUCUUAUUCUCAUAAGCUGGAGGAUAUUGUGGUGAGCAGCUAGUAGCAUUUGAAUACCUUACAAAUCAUACAAAUGUUCUUUUUUGUUUUCCCCUGGAUUGAUGUCUUUGCCAAGAAAUUUUCUACUGGUGUUGUCCAAAAGCGUACACAAAUGACUUCUGUACAAAAUUCAGAAUUCUGAUGACCAGCUCCAGAGGUUGCUAAUGACCUAUGUUUCAUAUAUAUAUCAUGCCUUCGCCUUCAACCAUUCUGGUAAUUCAUUGGAGGGAUAUCGAUGAGCAACAGCGAAGCCUGUCAAGAACAGUGCACUAACAGGUGGCAACAUUAGUGAUCGUCGGCAAUGGCUAGCAUUCUGCUUCCGCCUUGCAAUAAUCCAAAUGCCAGUGAUGGUGGAGACCUAGCAGUUUCUUCAGGAGCUGUAGUAAGCACUCCAAGAUGCCCAUAGAACUAUCUGAGCGCCAAGCGCUGUGGCCUCCGCACUACUGCUCUCGGAAUCUCCAUUCCCAGAUUGAUCUUGAUAGUUCCUGGAAUAGCAAUUUUAAGAGCAAGGAGUGAAUUGAUGCACAAUAUUGUCUCAUGGUGUAUUGUUCUGUAUCCAUCAAUGAUAUUGAUGUGACCAGCAAGGACAUACAAUUACUGCUACCUCUACUUCAUUUGUUGAUCAUGAGAAAGAUAAGAGUGCAUAUUUACAUCUGAAUGUGUAGAUCUUUGCUCUUCACCGUCUAUCUACUCAGAAGGAUAUAUGCAGAGGGCGAAGGCUAAAGUAUUCCUCCACGACUGUUUAUUUCCAUCAGUUAUUGGCAAUGAUGUUGUGGAAUGGUUCUGCUAUCAAGGGAAUCAGGAUCCAUCGCUAUACGGAGUAUAAACCUCUUUUUCACCUACUUCAUUUUUAUUUGUUUCAACUUACAAGAUGUCAUAAUGCUUUGUAAUUGUAUUGCUCUUCAUUCAUAUGCUUAAUGUUGGAA